AUGGUUAUUAAAGUAGGUUCAGGAGAAAUUGAUGAUUUAUCAACAUUAAGUGUUCUUGAUGAAGAAAGUUUAUUACGUGAAUUACGUGCUAGAUAUAAAAAAGGAAUUAUUUAUACUUAUAUUGGAGAUGUUCUUAUUGCUAUAAAUCCAUUUAAACAAUUAAAUAUAUAUGAAAAACAGCAACAUGAUUUAUAUAAAUAUGUUCAAUAUCGAAAUCAAUUAACACCUCACCUUUUUUGGGUUGCUGAUCAAGCUUAUCGAAAACUUUGUUUAUCGAAAAAAUCACAAUGUAUUGCUGUUUCAGGCGAAAGUGGAGCUGGAAAAACUGAAUCAACAAAACUUAUUGUUUCACAUAUAAUUCAUUGUUCAGGUGCUGCUGGUGAUCGUGAAUUACAAAAUCGAAUUAUUGAAACUUCACCACUGCUCGAAGCAUUUGGUAAUGCUCAAACAUGUAUGAAUCAAAAUUCGAGUCGUUUUGGAAAAUAUCUUCAAUUAAAUUUUACCGAUACGGGUCGAAUUAUUGGUGCAAAAGUUUAUGAUUAUUUACUGGAAAAAUCUCGUGUUGUUCAACAUGGUCCAGGUGAACGAACAUUUCAUUUUUUUUAUUAUUUAUUUGCUGGUUUGGAAAAAGAAACAUUAGAAUAUUUUUAUUUGGAUGAUCCAGAAACAUAUCGAAUAUUAAAAGAUCCAUGUGGAGGAAAAGUAUUUCCAAAUCGAUCAGAUUUUAAACAUUGUAGACAAAUGUUUAAUACACAAAAAGAUAUUAUGCAACGAGUGGGAUUUACUAAAGACGAUAUUAAUAUGGUAUUUACAAUUCUUUCAGCUAUUCUUCAUUUAACUAAUAUUCGAUUUUCACAUGAUGAUGAAACCGAUGGAGUUUAUAUUGAAGAUGAAUAUCCAUUAGAAGUUGUCUGUAGUUUACUUGGACUUGAUCAAGAAAUGUUAACUAUGGCUCUUAUUUCGACAUUCAAUAUGACUAAAGGUGAACGCGUUAUAAGUUUAAAAAAUUUUGAUCAAGCUAAUGAUUGUCGUGAUGCACUUGCUAAAGCUUUAUAUGAACGUUUAUUUUCAUGGAUUGUUAAACAAAUAAAUACACUUUUACAACCAAAUCGACGAUAUAAUCAAAUAUAUGAUAAAAUUUAUCGUACAUGUUCAAUAUUAGAUAUGUCAGGUUUUGAAAAUUUUCAAGUGAAUAGUUUUGAACAAUUAUGUAUCAAUGUUGCUAAUGAACAUCUACAGUAUUAUUUUAAUGAACACAUUUUUUUAAAAGAAGAACAAGAUUAUCGAACAGAAGGUGUAUCAUGUGAAAAAGUUGAAUUUCAAAAUAAUGAAGAUUUAAUUGAAUUAUUUAUGGGUACAUUAGGUAUAUUUGCAUUACUUGAUGAAGAAUCUCGUUUUCCAAAAGCAAAUGAUGAAUCACUCGUACAAAAAUUUCAUAGUCAUUGUAAAAGUCAUUCAAGAUACAUUAAACCAAGAGGCAAUGAAACAGCUUUUGGUAUUCAUCAUUAUGCUGGCAAAGUUGUUUAUGAUGCUCGUGGAUUUUUAGAAAAAAAUCGAGAUAAUCUUAGUGCAAAUUUAAUUGAAUGUAUGGGAAAAAGUGGCAUUGAAUUAAUUAGUCAUUUAUUUACUAUAACAGAUGGAAUGAAUCAUUCAUCGGAUAUUGGAAUAUCAUCCAUAUGUAUUAAACCUAAUCACGGUAAGGUAGCUAAUCAAUUUGACGAAGAAUUAGUUCAAGAACAAUUACGCUAUAACGGUAUACUUGAAAUAUCUUAUAUACGAAAUCAAGGUUGGCCUGUUCGUUUUACAUUUGAAGAAUUUUUAAAACGAUAUAAAUUUAUUUCUUAUCCAGAAAAUAGUCCAAUAAGAAUUAAUGCAAUAACAUGCGAAAAAAUUCUUAAACAAUUUUCAUUUACUGAUUAUGUUAUUGGAAAAUCUAAAAUCUUUUUAAAAUUAGAACAUUUAGAAAUCUUAAAUCAACAUUACGAACAGUAUAUUAAAAAUAUAAUAAAAUGUCAAAAAGUUAUUAGAGGUUUUCUUCUACGACGAAAUCUUCUACAUAAAGCUAGACAAAAUGCAAAUGAACGUCAUGUUUUUCUAAGUCAAGUACAUUGUCACGGGAAAAAAAUCCUGGAGAAACUUGUAUCAUUACCAAAAAUCAUUCAACAAACAUCAUCAAAAACUGAUGAUAGUGGACGGUUAGGUCAUUUUAUAAAAAAACGAAUAAAGCAUCAUAAACAAUCAACUUCAGCUGCUGAUGAAGCAAUUCCAAUGAGUGAACAAGAACACAAUGAAAUGCUAAAAGUAGCGAAAAAAUUACAAUUGCUUAAUAGUGAUGAAAUGGAUGAAUUAGAUGGUAUUGAUCAUCGAAUAACUUCAAAUAAUGCAUCUGGAUCUAUGACAAAAACUUCCGAUGAUAUCAAAUCUUCAUUGGAAGGUUUAUCCGAACGUGAAGUACGUAUUCUUGUUCAAGAUGAAUUUACACCUGGAACAAUGACGGUUAAUAAACAAGGAUAUCAUAAAAGAUUUCCUAUGGAAUCAAAUAUUGAAUCAGGUUCAGGAUUAGCAAGUGCAACGACAUCAAAAAAUCCUUUGAAAGUUCAUGAUGGUAUAAUUGCUGAAAUGGCUGCUAAAAUUCCUAUUGCACCAACAAUGAAUUUAGCAUCUGCUGAACAAUUAAUAAGACAAACAAAAGUUGCUGCAACUAGUGGUGAUCUAUUUAUGACUGAUUGGGCAGUUGGACAAGAAGAAAAAAAACAUCCGACUAGUGUUCGUUCGAAAUCGGAACCUCGAAUUAUUCUAGCUAGUCUUCGUGAUGAAAAUAUGUUAUCAGAACAAAAACGUGGCAUAAUUAAAAAAAUUCUUAUGUUACAAAAACAAAAAUUUAAAGAUAAUCAAGCACGUAAAGCACAUAAAAGUAAUGAAUUUGAACAUUCAACAUACAAUUUUGGUAAUAUAAAUCAAUCAUCACAAAAUGAUGAUGAACAAGCCUUAUUUAACGAUGACAGUGUGAAUUGUUGGGAUGCACCACGUGCAAUUGAUGUUCGUGAAGCAUAUGAAAAAACAGUUCAUUGUUAUCGAUUAUCAAUGCGAAUGUUAAAACUUACUACUUAUAUUGUACUUAAUAUUGGUGUAUUAUUAACUGCACUUAUUAGUAAAGGAGCUUUAUUACUUAUGACAAACUCGGUGGCAAAAGUUCAAGAGACACCUUAUCGAGAACGUUGGGUAUGGAUGUUAUUAGCAGCAGUAUGUGCUCCAUAUAUAUUUACAUUCUUUGAAAGUCUUGGUAAAUGUUUAUUUGGUAAUAAACCAUGGCCUACUGUAAAAAUUUUUACUGUCGUUUUUUUCAUCGAAACUUUACAUAGUUUUGGAAUAGCAAUAUUUGUUUUUCAUAUAUUACCAAAACUUGAUGCCGCAAGAAGUUUAUUAAUAAUGAAUGCUGUAUGUCUUGUACCUGCCUUUUUAAAAUUAUUUUUGACUAAAUCAAAUUCAUCAAUUGUUCGACGAAGUCUUUUAUUUCUUAUGGAUUUUUUUGCAUUUGCUAUGCAAUGUUCGUGCGUUGGUAUUGCAUUGGCAUCGAAAUUUUUAAAAAGUGAUGGACCUAUUCAUAUUCAAACAACAGUAUCAGCAUUAUUUUAUCCAGCAAGUACUACAACAAUACCAUUAUUAAAUCGACAUAGACGACAAGAUGAUUCUUUGACUGGUGGUUUCGGUUUAUUUACUUCAGAUAUUAAUAGAAAUAAUGAAAAUAUUUUAUUGACAACACCACUUAGUAAUAUUAGUUCAAUUGAUCAGAAUUUACAAACAAUUUUAGCUGGCUUUCAUAUUGAAUGGGAAUUACCAGUAGCACUGAUUCUUGUUUCAUUAGCUUGGUGGGAAAAUUUUGUUGAUCGUGAUAUAAAAAUUGGUGGUCGUACAAUAGUUCAUAUGAAAUUAUUAAAAGAAAAUAUUCUUGCAACACGUUCAAAAACAUCAAUAAUAAUAACAUGUUGGAAAAUAUUUGUUACUAUUUUAUUUGCUUAUAUAUUUCAUCAUGGUAUAUUUAAUACAUCUGUUAUUUUUCCAAUAAAUACUAAUAAUGAACAAAUAGAAGAUCCAUUACCGAAAUUAUCAUCCGGACAAAAUUCAUGGGCAGCAUUAGGUUUUGAUCAACAACCAACAGAAGGUAUGUUUCCAAUUUUACCACCACGUGAACGUCGUUCAAUUGAUAAUAUAUCAACAUAUAUAAGACGAAUAAAACGACAAACAGAUAAUGAUUUUCCAAAUAAUUUUCCUUAUGAUGACGAAAAAUUAUAUUCAACAAUUGGUGGAAAUAAUAUUGGAGGAAAUAAUGUUGAUGAAACAAAUCCAAAAGAUCGUUGGAUAUUUUAUUUAACACCGAUGAUAUUAAAAAUUCUUUCUGAUGCAUUAUGUUUUUAUAUGGGUCGUUUAGCAUGUAAACUUUGUAUGCAACGUGUAUGUUUUGCAUUACCAAUAACAUUAGUUACACCAUUAGCAUUAACAAUAUUACUUGUUAUGUGUUCUAUUGCACCAAAAUCAACUGUUCUUAUUGAAAAUUUUCUUUUUUGGAGUUGUUAUGCUGAUUAUGCUAAAGAAUCAUUUCGAUGGCAAGUUAUAUGUGGUCUUGUUUUAUGGUGGUUAUCAGAAUUAUGGAUUGGUGGACAUAUUUGGUUUGGAAAAAGUCAACGUUUAGCAUUUACAGAACGUUUAUUUGUUUCACCACGUUAUUGUGCAACAUUACUUGAACAAUCUUUAAUGAUGAAUCGACGUCGAAAUGAACGUGAUGAAAUUUUAACUGGUACAUAUGAUGAAAUGGGUACAACAACAAAUGCUGAAACAGAAUUUGAUGAACAAAGUAUUGAAGAAUUAUCGAUGGAGAAAAAAUUAAGUGCUGAAGUUCAUACGAAAAUUUAUUCAUGUGCAACUAUGUGGCAUGAAACUGAAACAGAAAUGUUACAAUUAUUGAAAUCGAUUAUGAGAUUGGAUAGUGAUCAAUGUGCUCGACGAACAGCUCGAAAUUAUUUACAUCUUAAAGAUCUUGAUUAUUAUGAAUAUGAAGGUCAUAUAUUUUUUGAUGAUGCUAUGGAAGAAGAUGACAAUAAUGAACAAGUACCGAAUAAAUUUGUCCAACAACUACUUAGUGUUGUUGAUCGAGCGGCAACUGCUAUUCAUCAAUGUCCAAUGAAAAUUCCUCCACCAUUUAAAACACCAACACCAUAUGGUGGACGUUUAACAUGGGUAUUACCAGGUGGAAAUUUUCUUAUAGCACAUAUAAAAGAUAAAACAAAAAUUCGACAUAAAAAACGAUGGAGUCAAGUUAUGUAUAUGUACUAUUUACUUGGUUAUCGUUUAUUUGGUGAUUUAAAUAUAAUUGAAAAAUUAUAUAAACGAAAACGAAAAAAAAAUUCAUCAAAAAGUAAAUCAAAAUUAUUUAAAGGUUUUGGAAAUUUAUUGAAUAACAUGGAUAAUAAAAAACGAAUACAAAUGGAAAAUACAUAUCUAUUAGCACUGGAUGGUGAUGUCGAUUUUCGACCAGAAGCUGUACGUUUACUUGUUGAUCGAAUGAAAAAAAAUAAAAAAGUCGGUGCUGCUUGUGGUCGAAUUCAUCCAAUUGGCAGUGGUCCGGUAGUUUGGUAUCAAAAAUUCGAAUAUGCUAUUGGCCAUUGGCUUCAAAAAGCAGCUGAACAUAUUCUAGGCUGUGUAAUGUGCAGUCCAGGUUGUUUUAGUCUUUUUCGUGGUUCAGCAUUAAUGGAUGAUCAUGUUCUACGUACAUAUUGUACGAAAUCAACCGAAGCUCGACAUUAUGUGCAAUAUGAUCAAGGUGAAGAUCGUUGGUUAUGUACACUUUUACUACAAGAAGGAUAUCGUGUUGAAUAUUGUGCUGCAUCAGAUGCUUUGACUUAUGCACCAGAAUCAUUUCAUGAAUUUUUUAAUCAACGUCGUCGUUGGGUUCCAUCAACUAUUGCAAAUAUUAUUGAUUUCCUUGCUGAAUAUAAACGAAUUGUACUUGUUAAUGAAAGUAUAUCAUAUUUAUACAUUAUCUAUCAACUUUUACUUAUGGUUUCAACUGUACUUGGUCCAGCAACAGUACUUCUUAUGAUUAUCGGAGCAUUCAAUGCAUGUUUUGGUACAAGUCUUUGGCAAUCAAUGUAUAUGUCAGUCUUACCGGCAUUCUUUUAUUUACUUUUAUGUUUUCAUACAACAACUGAUUUUCAAAUACGUGCAGCAGCUUUUCUUUCUGCUGUAUAUGCAAUAAUAAUGAUGUCAGUUGUUGUUGGUACAACAAUUCAAAUAGCUGAAGAUUCUUGGACAUCACCAAAUGCUGUUUUCUUAAUGCUUUUAUUUUCAAUAUUCUUCAUUGCUGCUUGUAUGCAUCCACAAGAAUUUUGGUGUAUAGUUCCAGGUUUACUCUAUUUUUUAUGUAUACCAAGUGGAUAUUUAUUUUUACUUAUUUAUUCACUGUGUAAUCUUAAUAUUGUAUCAUGGGGUACGAGAGAAGCACCAAAAAAAGUUAAAAAAAAUCAAAGUAAAGAAGAAAUUGAACGUGCUAAAAUCCAAGAAUUAACACAAGCAAAACAAAAAUCAGCUGGAUUUUUAAAUCAAGUAUUUACAAAUUUUAAUCUUAAAAAAUAUGAUCAACGUAUACGUUCUUAUGCACGAAAAUGGCUUGGUCUUGAAAGAUCAGGAUUAAAUGGUAUACUCUUACAACAAAUUUUAGGUGCUGUUGAACGAAUGGAAAAAAAUAAAUUUGAUGAAGAAAUGGAAGCUGUAGCCACUACAGGUUUAUAUCCUCAAGCAAAUAGACAUCAAGUUGAGUCUGAAAUCGAUCCUAAAUAUGGUCUUAUGCAAUUAGCUGCACGAGCUGGUUCACCCGUAGCACCAAUGACUCGUGCUAGUUAUCCUCAAUCAGAUCAACAACAACAAUUAACUUAUCGUGGAAUAAAUAAUGCACGAAGUACAUCACAUGGACAAGUUAUGUCAUAUGCCGGUGUAACACGUCCAUUUGAAGCUCCAGUUAUAAAACGAGAUGAACUAGUUAAUCCGGCCUGGAUCUUUCAUGAAUCAUUACAUGAUUCUGAAGUAGUCAUGCUUGAUCCACGUGAAACAAAAUUUUUUCAAGAAUUAAUUGGACGUUAUUUAUAUCCAUUAGUUGAAGAUAAAGAUCAUCAGAAAAAAAUGGUUCGUGAUCUUAAAUCAUUACGUAACAAUGGUUGUUUUAUAUUUUUUAUGAUCAAUACAUUAUGGCUUGUUAUUAUAUUUUCAUUUCAACUUGUAUCAGAACGUAUACGUGAUUAUGUAUUUAUACCAAUAAAACGUUUACAUAAUGAUCCAUUACGUUUUGAACCGCUUGGUUUAGCUUUUUUAGUUUUUUUUGCAACUAUUUUACUUAUACAAUUUGUUUCAAUGCUAUGGCAUCGUUAUGGAACAUUAUUACAUUUAUUAGCAUCAACUGAUUUAAAAAUUUGUCAACGAAAUAAUGGAAAAAAUAAUCGUCAACAUCGACGUGGAGAUUUUACAACAGAUAAUGUUGAAGAUGCUGUUGAACAAGUUAAAGUCUUACAACAAUUAAAAGGUUUUGAUGAAGAAGAUUUACCUGAGCCUGAUUAUGAUAAUGAUGAUGAUGAUCAAGGUGAUAAACAAGCAUCAGAACCUGAUUUAUCAACAACAGGACUUAUCUAUCAUGGCGGAAGUCGAUAUAUGAGAAAUUCUGCAAAUACAUCACAACAAUGGAGUGAUACAGCUAAAGUAAAUGAUAUGCAAAGAAAUUUAGAUACAACUGAUCAUAGUGAAAUAAGUCAAAUGUGUGGAUAUGUAUCAGGUUCAGUUAAAACAUAUGGAAGUAAUUAUGAAGCUAUAAAACGACGUCAAGUAUCAAAUAAACGUCAUCUAUAUAAUAAAUCACUUGAUCAUGUAUUUAAAUCACGUUAUCAAGCAUUGACACAAAAUAAAAGUCAACAACAACAUCAACAACAACAAUCAAAUAAAAAUACACGAAUUAAAUUAAGUGAUGUUUUUCAACAACAACAAUUAGGUUUACCAAGAACAAGACGAACAUCAAGUGCAUUAACAGUACGAGAUAGUGUUAGUGCUGGAAAUGUUCAACAACCAACAGCAAUUACAAAAAAACAUCGAAGGAAAUCAAAAGACCGACAUUUAGAACAUUUGUAG